AUGGCUACAUGCUCCAAGCUGUCCCACCUGCGCGGUCUGUGUUCGCUUGCGCUUGUAUUGUGUACUGCUACGGCUGCAUUCCACUGGGACCAUACCAAGUAUGUCUACGCGUUCGGGGAUUCGUAUACCUUCGUGCAAGGUACGCAAGGGUAUCCCACUUUCAGCUUCAUCGGGAAUGCAUUCAACUUCUCGUUCACACCUGAGGAACUUGUCAAUAAUGAGAUAGUAGCGAAUGCGUCCAGCUCAGGCGGCUCGUCCUGGCUUGAGUUCCUGACAGGUUGCUUCGAGGGGAAGCCUUCUGAUUGCGCACCGCACCAGCUAUGGGAUUUCGCAUUCGCUGGCGCAGACGUUGACAAGGCUCUCCUUCCGCUCCACCACAACUUCUCAGUCGACCUCGUCGAUCAAGUCCGGCAAUGGGCGCUGUACGCAGCUGACGUUGUCCCGCACCCGCCUGAGAAAACCCUUACCGCGUUCUGGAUCGGGAUCAACGACACGGGCGACACUUUGCGUAACACCACAUUGGACUUCAAAAGUUUCUGGCAGCUGGAGAUGCGGUCCCUGUUUGGUGCAGUGCAAAAUGCCUACGACCACCACCUCCGCGGCACGUAUCUCUUCGUCAACGUACCACCACUCGAACGCUCCCCGAGUCAUAUCGGCACGUCCACUGCCCCACUCUACAAGCAGAACAUCAUCGACUACAACACCGCGCUCCUACAACACGUCGCGCACUUCGCGGAAACGCACCGAGACGUCAACGUUCUCACCUUCGACGCCCACACCUGGUUCAACCAUGUCCUAGACAAAGCGGCGGACUAUGGCUUCACGAAUAUCACUGGAUUCUGCCAGUGCGCAGACCCGACAUUCUUCUGGUAUAACACUGGGCACCCGACCGCACAUGUACAUCGUCUACUCGGAGGCGCAAUCGAAGCUGAGCUCAAGAGAGCCUCGUCAUUCUGAUAGGGCGAAGAGCUAUGCAGCACGUGUCAAGGCUCCAACUGCUCUGCUUGAUGAACUUUAUCUUUAUAACGUCAUUGCGAAGAAUACAAUAGAAUCAGGGCCCGACUACAAGUGAAAUGCCUGCAAAAGCUACGAGAUGCAUACGGGUACGAAUAGCAGAGAGCGAACACAGAAAGCGAGCGAGGUACUAGGAGAGCGUGGAUGAAAAUCAGACCAGAUGAGCCGCUAAACGAGAGUUAGUGUUUCUGUAUCCGUAUGGGUCUGCAAAGGCUUGAGAUCUGGACUUGAGAUCUGCGAGAUAUCUAUCCAAGGCGUCGAAUUGCUCAUCGUCCAUAGAUCCGAGCGGCUCGGUGAUGAUACCUGGCGUAUCGAGGGCAUCUCCUACUUUCCGGAAUGCCUCGCUGACCCGUCGAACAGAAACCUGGUCCGUUGGCGCGCUCGGUGCGCAUGCAUCGCACGUGAACGAGAAGACGGCUUCGACAGCCUCCUUGGCGCCAUGCACCUUCUCUAAGGCCUCCGCCAACCGAGAGGCGAUGGGAUUCUGCUGCUGUUCUUCGGCCCUGGCCUUGGCUGCCUCAAGGGCGGCUUUCAGGCGUCUUACCUCCUCGAGUUUAUGCUCCAUAUCUUUCUGAAGGGCCUCCACGCGCUCGAGGGUCUCGCGGACCUGCUGUGUGGCGUCCGGAACAACGAGGUGCUGAACGCCGACGAUGAUCGAAAGAACCAUGACGUCCACUGCCGUUAACACCGCCGAAGCAAAGGGAGAGAAAGGUAUGGCGAUGACAGAUGCAGCCCGAACGGCAGUCUGUAGAAGCCUUCGUCUGCGCAUCUUCCUCUCGGCGCGUAUAAGCUCAUUGCGAGCAUUAUAGAGAGGUUCUGCCUCGUCGACGCCCUUCUUCAGCUCAGACUCCACGUUACACAACACCUGGUACCGUUCCUCGAAGAGUUUGUGGUGCUUUUUGUUGGUGCUCCUGCAAACAUAGCCUGGCGUAGUCGUAAUGUGGACGGCAGCGGUUUCGAGACCAUUGAGUAUGGUUGUCCGCUGCAACAGCAGUAUCUCUCGAAGCUCAGCUUUCGACAUGAAUGAGGAGAGACUGUCGCUCUGGCCCUCAUGAUAGUCUUGUAAGAGUGUGACCAAUGUGUUCGUGGCUUCGAUAGCUCGGAGUAUCUCGGCUUUGAUAGGAGGGAAGACCAAAUUGAGCCCAACGGGCCUCUGACUCUUAGGGUGAUCCCAGCAUGAGCAAGAGGGAUCGUUUCUAGCCUCAGUAGCGGUGUAAGCUAGCUGGUUUGCUGCAGCAAUUUCCCGAUCGGCGGGUUCAGUAGCCAUGUCUAACAUUACGCUUGCGCCACCAGCGUCCGACUCGGUGUUCGGUGGAGCGCCGUCAUCUUCUAGAGGCAUCGACGAUUCCGCUGAGGUGCGAGUAGAUGAUACAACAGAUACGGGCUGGCCAUCCAUGGUGCGACCGC